AUGAAGCUCUUCCCUUUCUCCACCGCCUUGACCAUGGUCUGCGUCGCCUUUACUAUGGUUCUUGCUGGUCCUGUUGUCACAACAAACGCCAUAACAAACGCCACAACAAACGAUGUCCCUGCUUUCCCGGAUUAUUACAACAAAUGCUACGUGUCAUCGGGUCAUCUCCUGAAGGGCCCUUGGAGCCAUAGGUGGUUCGUCAGCAUGAAGAACAUCAAUGGUACCCACAUGGGCGAUUUGUGUCAUAAACUCUGGAAAGGUCUCAAGCGACAUCAAGCUGCCUGCCCAGCCACCUCAACAUUUUGUGGGAAACAUCAUGAUACCACUUAUGACCUCGCAUGGAAUUUCAAGACCCCUAUAUUUUGCAACCCUGGCCACCUUGUUUCCGCAUUCUGGGAGGCGACUCACAACAAGUUCGGGGGAUUGCAGCGUUGUUAG